UAUGACGUUUGCCCCCCUCAAAUCCCGGAUCAUCCACCGCCGCCGCCGCCGGUUCAAAACCUAUAACCGAUUGUAUUUUAGGCGAUUUUCGGAGACUUGAGGGCAGGAUGGAUAGACCCUGGGGAACAGCUGGACAAUCUGGACCUAUGCUGCGAGUGGUGAAACGCUUGUGUCCCCGGUAAGGCAUGAAGAUUCAGCAUGAAAGGAUAGCCUAGCUGGCAUGGAUGUCGUCGGCGUCGGUCACCGCGAAUGACCCGUAUCUGACUUCCGAGGAUGCUGUACCAUCUGCCAGAUGGAGACCUGACCUUGACAGGAUUGCCCGUGGCCCUAGGCUCAUCCCGCAGCCCCACGUUUGACCAGCCCACUACAGUCACUGUCAAGAGGAAACGCUCGAUUGGCAGGUGUAUUGUUGACCAGGAUGACAUUAUAGAAGAGUUUCCAGUCACCAAACGGCAAAUCACCCAGAGAAGCAGGGCCGGGGACAAUAAUGACGGAGCUUUGACGAUCGUUACAACACGUCACAUGGCUGAGGGCUAUUCACCCCGUCUCGCGAACUGUGGGUUGCACACCCCUCCACCUGAAUCGCCGACAUGUAUACCUUUAGACUCGGAUGUGCAGCACGACGGCUAUCACCGUGUCCUGACCCGAGUCGACACGAUAGACAGCAUCAAUAAUCCUACGAUCACGAUUGGUUGUCGCUCUGCAAGUCAAGAUACAGAGCUAUCCUCUGAGCCAGACGGCUGCCGAAUGGAUGGUAAUUGUGAUGGUUGCCCUUAUCAGCAUGGAACGGACAUGAUAUCGACCAUUGACUCGCUAUGUCUUGAUCGCGAUCACGACGGCGUUGCAAGCUGUGUAAUCUUCAAUGCGUCCUCUCCACGAAUCGCCUAUCAGUCGCCAACUUGUGCGAGCGUAACGGACGAAUCUGAAUAUAUCCCCACACCAGGCGAUGAUGCUGUAACGCUAGAGCUUUUCGGCGGAUUGAGGAUAGGCUGAUCCUGGAAUGCAAAUGACCCUUGAUUACCUGAAGCUCUGUCGUGGUCGGAACAGCCUCUAGCGGCGCAGCUUGGCUUCCGGCAGAUCCCCGCUCUUCACCUCGUUUCUAUGACAUUGGCAAUGAUUGAUUUCUGAUCAGUCUGAUUCGACCCAACUCAUCAUCCUAUGCAGAGUGAGAAAAGUCCUCGGCUCGUAUCUCUCACGACUCUCGCCUGGACGAUUCGCGAGCGCAU